AUGGCUAAAAGAAAUAGAUCUCAAUUUCGCAUUCAAGAAAGAACUGCAAAAAAAAGAAAGCAGGAGGAUUCCUUGCUAGAAGGUAGUGCUUUUCAAAAUGUGCCAGAAGAUAGCAUGAAUAGCACAAAAAAUACAUCCUGGGAUGAAGAAGAACAGGACUAUGAAAGGGUUCCGAGGAAGAAUCACUCCGAUACAUCGGACCUUGUAGAGGGAUUACCUAUUAAAAUUAAUGGAAAAGUUGAAAGAAAUCUACACAAGGCUCAAGAAAAGCCCAGGAAAAACGAAGAAGAAGAAGAAGACUUCAGUGACUCCUCAGAAGACAAUAAUUCAGCGGAUGAAGGACAAGAAGAGCCAAAAGAGGAAGAGCCUGAUACAGAAGAAAAAAUUAUACAGUUGAAAGAAGACAUUGCCGAUUUGGUCACUAAAGUUAUGGAGGAACCUGAGGAAAAUACAGCUGCGUUAGCACGUCUAUGUAAAAUGGUAGAAUCCAAGAAUCCUAAUACCUGUAAAUUUUCUAUGUUGGCUCUAGUCCCUGUUUUGAAAAGUAUUAUACCAGGUUAUAGAAUUCGACCACUAACUGAAACCGAAAAAAAAGAAAAAGUCUCAAAAGAAGUUUCUAAACUGAGAAACUUUGAGCAAACUCUAGUCUAUAACUACAAAAAUUAUGUUAAAAAAUUGCAGGGCCUUUCAAAAACUCCCAGUAACGCCGCCCCUAUACAGGUCUCGUUAGGUAUCUUGGCUGCACAAGCCGCCAAAGAAUUGAUCUCAACUGCAUCCCAUUUCAACUUUAGAACAGACAUCUUUACUUUGCUGUUGCGUAGAAUUUGUAAGCCAAAAAUUUCAACAGAUCCUACUUCUAUUCAAAUAAUCAAGACAUUUGAGACUUUAUUGAAUGAGGACGAAGAGGGUUCAAUCUCAUUCGAGAUACUUAGUAUUUUCAAUAAAAUACUGAAGACAAGAAACUUCAACGUCGAAGAGUCGGUUUUAAAUAUGCUAUUAUCGUUAGAUGUUUUGCAUGACUAUGACCCUAAUACUAAAGCAGAUGAAUACGCUAGAGCUCCUAAACUAAAGAAGAAAGAUCGAGUUCAUCUUUCUAAAAAACAAAAAAAGGUCAGAAAAGAGGUGCAGCAAAUCGAGGAGGAAAUGCGUACAGCUGAACAAGCUGUUUCUGCAGAAGAGAGGGAGAAAAAUCAGUCUGAAAUUCUAAAAAUUGUUUUCACUAUAUAUUUGAAUAUCUUGAAAAACAAUGCCAAAGCGCUCAUCGGGUCAGUUUUGGAAGGUCUAACAAAGUUCGGUAAUAUGGCCAAUUUUGAUCUACUAGGGGACUUCCUCGAAGUAAUGAAAGAAUUAAUUAGUGACACUGAGUUCGAUAACCUUUCUUCUGACGAAGUUCGUAAAGCUUUGCUUUGUAUCGUUAGCGCAUUCUCGCUUAUUUCGAACACACAAUAUAUGAAAGUUAACAUGGACUUGUCCAAAUUCGUGGAUGGGCUCUAUGCGCUGUUACCAUAUGUUUGUCUUGAUGCAGACAUUGAGCUUUCUUACAGAUCGCUGAGAUUAGCCGAUCCUCUCAAUAACGAAAUAACGAAACCAUCAGUUAACGUUUCUACCAAGGCAGAACUCUUGUUAAAGGCGCUAGACCAUAUAUUUUUUCGUUCCAAAUCGGGGACUAAGGAAAGGGCUACGGCAUUCACCAAAAGGUUAUACAUGUGCAUCAGUCAUACCCCAGAGAAAACAAGUAUUGCCAUUCUAAAGUUUAUUGAUAAAUUGGUAAACAGAUAUCCUGAAAUUUCGGGCCUUUAUUCCUCUGAAGACAUAAUAGGCAAUGGUCAUUUCAUAAUGGAAGCCGAUAAUCCUUCAAGGAGUAACGCGGAGGCGGCAACACUAUGGGAUAAUGCUCUUCUUGAGAAGCAUUAUUGCCCUAUAGUAGUAAAGGGACUACGAGCUCUAUCAACUAGGUCGAAAGAGUAUUCUAAGUAG